AUGAGGGCCACCGUGCCCUUCCAGCUCAAGCCGCACGGCAGCCCCACGAGGAGCGGCAACAACAACAACAACGGGGCCUCCCAGCGCACCUCGUCCCGCAGCACCAGCCCCACCAGGGGCAGCAACGAAUCCCCCCCGGCCCUGAGCAGCUCCCGGGGGAGCCCCACCGUGUCCACCCAGACCGGGGCGUCCCCCACCCGGGGUCACCACCACCAUCACCACCACCACUCGCACCAUCACCACCACCAUCACCACCACCACCACAGCCAGCAGCAGGGCUCCCCCACCUCCACAUCCCCGGGAGCCGAGCCCCCCAUCCCCGGGGCUCCAUCCUCCUCCUCCUCCCCGUCCCCUGUGGCUCUCACUACCGUGGGAAGGACUGGCUGGCAGCAGAGGAGCUCCCCGGAGAGGAAAAGCCCCAGCUCCCCCAAAGGUAACUAUGCAGCUCUCAGUGGGCUGGUUAUCAGUAAUGGUUACUCCAUGGCAAACCUGCUAGCCCAGGCAUUGCCCCCUCUGUAUAGACUGCUGCUAGCCAAACAGCGCAAUAUGUAGAUCAAUAGUGAUGGUAACUGGGUAUCGAUAUAAAUUGCUGCUGGCUAGACAAUGCCAGCUUAUAGAGAGUGCUGGCUAAUCUGUGACCGCUGUAUAGACCGGCGCUGGCUAAUCUGUGACCGCUGUAUAGACCGGCGCUGGCUAAUCUGUGACCGCUGUAUAGACCGGCGCUGGCUAAUCUGUGACCGCUGUAUAGACCGGCGCUGGCUAAUCUGUGACCGCUGUAUAGACCGGCGCGGGCUAAUCUGUGACCGCUGUAUAGACCGGCGCGGGCUAAUCUGUGACCGCUGUAUAGACCGGCGCGCGCUAAUCUGUGACCGCUGUAUAGACCGGCGCGGGCUAAUCUGUGACCGCUGUAUAGACCGGCGCGGGCUAAUCUGUGACCGCUGUAUAGACCGGCGCUGGCUAAUCUGUGACCGCUGUAUAGACCGGCGCUGGCUAAUCUGUGACCGCUGUAUAGACCGGCGCGGGCUAAUCUGUGACCGCUGUAUAGACCGGCGCUGGCUAAUCUGUGACCGCUGUAUAGACCGGCGCUGGCUAAUCUGUGACCGCUGUAUAGACCGGCGCUGGCUAAUCUGUGACCGCUGUAUAGACCGGCGCUGGCUAAUCUGUGACCGCUGUAUAGACCGGCGCUGGCUAAUCUGUGACCGCUGUAUAGACCGGCGCUGGCUAAUCUGUGACCGCUGUAUAGACCGGCGCUGGCUAAUCUGUGACCGCUGUAUAGACCGGCGCUGGCUAAUCUGUGACCGCUGGCUAACCUGGGACCGCUAGGUAGACCGGUGCGAGAAGUCUAGUACUAUAUAUCUGCAAGUGCUGGUCAUAGGUUGUCAAUAUAGAUGAUAGAUUAGUGCAGGGGUAGGCAACCUUCCGCACUCCAGAUGCUGUGGACCACAUCUCCCACAAUGCUAGCAAAGCAUCAUGGGAGGUGUUGUCCAAAACAAAUGUAGUGCUGAAAGUUGCCUAUCCCUGGAUUAGUGCAAUCUAACCUAGUAUGCAAACCAGUGAUGGGAAAAGGCUAGCAAUGUAGAUUGGUGCUGUAUAAUCGGCACCGUUGACCGAGGCAAUUUUAAAGGAACAACAUAGUCACCAAAUAAACUGUAGCUUAAUUAAGCAGUUUUUCUGUAUAGAUCAUGCCCCUGAAGUGUUACUGGUCAAUUAUCUGCCGUUUAGGAGUUAAAUCUCUUUUGUUUCUAUUCAUGCAGCCAUAGCCACACCUCCCCUGGCUGUGAUGGACACAGCCUGCAUGGAAAAAAAUGGCUGAAUUUUUAAUCAGAUGUAACUGACUUGAGAAGUUUUUAUCUCCUCUGUAAAUUGAACUUUAAUUGCACACAGGGGGCUACUGCAGGGUUAGCUAUUAACAGAGCACAAUAUAAGACAUUCUAAAUUAAAUAGAACUUGCAAUAAAGGAAGUGUAAACAUUAGAUUAUUCUUUACAGGAAGUGUUUAGGAAGCCUGUGUAAGUCACUUGCAUGGUGGUGCUUUGGGCUGCAUAAACAAAGUGAUUAACUCCUAAGUGUCAGAGAAUUGACCAGUGAGCCUGCAGAGGCAUGGUCUAUACACCAAAACUGCUUCAUUAAACUAAAGUUGUUUUGGGGGCUAUAGUGUCCCUUUAAUUUAGUCUAACCUCAACACUAAAUUUAAUACUAAAAUUAACACAAUGCAUUAUUGUACUUGCUAGUUGUUACAAAUGUCCAAAUUUAAACUCCCUACCUAACCAUAAUUUUAACAAUCGGCUUAACCCCUAAUUUCUGAGCUCCUUGUGCUGCAGUGGACCCACUAACCCUAAAGCUUAUUAAAACCCUAAAGUAAUCCUGCAUGACCUAGCUCAGCAGUGCUCUUUGGCCAGUGUGUGGAUUCCCUAGAGACCGGUUAGUUAGUUGUACAUAUAAGCAAGUUUUUCACAAUACCAGUGGCAGGGUUUUUAUAUGGUUUGGUGCAGGCUUUUUUUUUCUUUUUGUGGGCUAUUUAUAUAGAUUGGUGCUGGCUAGCCAGCUCUCUAUAUAGACCUGUUGACAGACCUAUGCUUUAUACAGACAGUGCUUUCUAUCCUUUGGCACUGCUUGUAUUGCUGGCCAUAUGGUUUCCUGAGCGUUUAGGGAAGCCUAGACCACAACAGCUGGGGUGACAAGAUUGCCAAUCACUUGUCUGUAUAGAAUAAUAACAGAAAGUGUGUUUGUGAUAGAACAGCGUUAGACUCCCAAAAAUAAAAUGAUAUGCUGUUUGCCAGCAAUGAAUGCACAGGACUGCCCUUUGUGAAAGUUGUUGCAAGACUUGUUUUGGCUGCGAAAAACCAAUAGAAUAUUUUUAAAUUGCUGAACCACAAAAUGUUAUUUUUUUCAACCAGUGUUCUGUGGCACAUUGAUGUGACUCAUGUCACCUUAAAGGGUCCUAUAAUCACAUUGACUUCAAAGCUGUAAUAGGUUGAAUAUGGCCCUUAAACAUAUGUUAGAAAGUGAUUGCAGUUUUGGUAAUUAAAACAAAUGUGACAUUUGACUCAAUACUCGAACAUUGGGAAAACAAAUACCGUAUAUACUUGAGUAUAAAUCGAGAUCCCUAAUUUCACCCCAAAAAACUGGGAAAACUUAUUGACUUGAGUAUAAGACUAGGGUGGGAAAUGCAGCAGCUACUGGUAAAUUUCUAAAUAAAAUUAGAUCCCCAAAAAAUUACAUUAAUUGAAUAUUUAUUUUGUGUAUAUAAUGAAUGCAGUGUGUGUGUAUGAGCGCAGUGUGUGUAUGUGUUGCAGAGUGUGUACCCUUGGUGGGGGUGGGCAUUUUUUAUUUUUUUAUUUUAAUAUUACAUUUUGUUGUUUUUAAUAAUGUUUUGAUUUUAAUAUUAUUACAUUUUUAUUUUAUUAUAUUAUUUGAAUUUGUAUUUCCCAGUGGUCCAGUGGCAUGGGCUGUGUAGGAGGGGGCUGGCAGGAAGCUGUUACUUACCUUUCCUGCAGCUCGCGUCAGCUCCCUUCUCCUCUGUGCCGGUCAGCUCCAUUGUAAGUCUUGCGGUCUGCGUGCCGCUUUGCCACGGUAACCCGUGGCAACGCUCUGACGCCGCGGCUCUCGCGAGACUUACAGGGGAGCUGACAGGAGCUGCAGGAAAGGUAAGUUACAGCUCUCUGCCAGCCCCCAACAGGACUGCCGGGCUUGUAAUGAGCCUGGCGGUCCUGGUCUGUAUUAUGGCAAUGUAAGUUGCCAUAAUACAGACAUUGACUCGAGUAUAAAACGAGUGGGGGUUUUUCAGCACAAAAAAUGUGCUGAAAAACUCGUCUUAUACUCGAGUAUAUACAGGGCCGGCGCGUCCAUAAGGCGGCACAGGCGGCCGCCUUAGGGCGCACCGGCUCUGGGGGCGCAAAAUUCCAGUGACCGGCAGGAGGGAAGUGCUCCCUCCUGCCAGGUCACCUCCUGGAUCCCCGGCGCGGCGUGCGGCUGAACUGGAUGCCGAGGUGGCGAGGGAGCUCUGAUCUCUCUGAUCUGCUCCCUCGCAGGCUGCUUACUGAUGACGUCAUAUUCCGGCUCCCGCGGCAUCAGUAAGCAGCCUGCGAGGGAGCAGAUCAGAGAGAUCAGAGCUCCCUCGCCACCUCGGCAUCCAGUUCAGCCGCACGCCUCCCAGCAGCCCCACUGGACCACCAAUGAGAGACCCACGCCAGCUCUCCAGGUAGGGAGGCUGGGUGGGAAAUUUUAAUUUAAUUUAGAUGAUUAAUUACUGUUAGUGUGUGUGUGCAUGUGAGUGAGUGUGUCUGUCAGUGUGUGUGUGUCUGUCAGUGUGUGUCUGUCAGUGUGUGUGUGUCUGUGUGUCUGUCAGUGUGUGAGUGUGUCUGUCAGUGUGUGUGUCUGUCAGUGUGUGUCAGUCAGUGUGUGUGUAUGUGUGUCUGUCAGUGUGUGAGUGAGUGUGUCUGUCAUGUGAGUGAGUGUGUCUGUCAGUGUGUGUGUGUGUAUGUGUGUCUGUCAGUGUGUGAGUGUCUGUCUGUCAGUCAGUGUGUGUGUGUGUGUGUGUGUGUGUCUGUCAUGUGUGUCAGUGUGUGUGUGUGUCUGUGAGUGAGUGUGUCUGUCAGUAUGUGAGUGAGUGUGUCUGUCAGUGUGUGUGUGAGUGUGUCUGUCAGUGUGUGUGUGUGUGUGUAUGUGUGUCUGUCAGUGUGUGUGUGUGUGUGAGUGUGUCUGUCAGUGUGUGUGUGUGUGUGUGUGUCUGUCAGUGUGUGUGUGUGUGUGUGUCUGUCAGUGUGUGUGUGUGUGUGAGUCUGUGUGUGUGUGUCUGUCAGUGUGUGUGUGUCUGUCAGUCAGUGUGUGUGUGUCUGUCAGUGAGUGAGUGUGUCUGUCAGUAUGUGAGUGAGUGUGUCUGUCAGUGUGUGUGUGAGUGUGUCUGUCAGUGUGUGUGUGUGUGUGUGUGUGUGUGUGUGUGUGUGUGUGUGUGUGUGUGUGUGUGUGUGUGUGUGUGUGUGUGUGUGUGUGUGUGUGUGUGUCUGUCAGUGUGUGUGUAUGUAUGUGUGUGUGUGUGUGGUUCUGUCAGUGUGUGUGUGUGUGUGAGUGAGUGUGUCUGUCAGUAUGUGCAUGUGUGCAUGUGAGUACAUGUGUCUGUCAGUGUCUGUGAGUUUGUGUGUGUGUGUGUUUGUCAAUGAGUCUGUCAGUGUUUGUGUGUCUGUCAAUGAAUGAGUGUCAGAUAAGUGAGUCUGGCUGUCAGAGAUGUCUGUGUGUUUGUCAUUGAGUGUGUGUGACUGUCAGUGUUUCUACACCCCUGACUGUAGCGUGGCCAAGCGGAGUGUACCGUGGUACAGGAACUUCUGUUUCCUGUACCUAGCAGGACUGACAGGAAAAGCUCACUGUACCGGGAUUCGCUCCGCUCAGCCACGCUACAAGAAAGGUAGGAGGCACACCAGGAAGGGGAGGGGACCACUAUGGGGGUGGGUGGCGCACCAAGGGACAUGGAGAAGAGGGGAGAGAUACCCUAAGGUACAGGAAAAGGAGGGAGGGGGGAGAGGAACACUAAGCGACAGGGAACAGAGGGGGGAGGGGAGAGGAACACUAAGGGACAGGGAAAGGAGGGGGGAAGGGAAAGGAACACUGAGGAACAGGGAAAGGAGGAGAGAAGGGAGAGGAACAGUAAGGGUCAGAGAAGGGAGGGGACCAUUAAGGGACAGGGAGAGGGGCUGGAUGUAAAAGAAGCACACAGCGGGGCUUGAGAAGGAAAGAGACACACAAAGCAGCUGGGAAGAAUAAAAGACACAAAGAGGAGAGAUAGGAGACACACAAAGACAAAAAUAGGAGAUAAAAUACACUAAAGGGAGUCAGAUAUUUAAAAGACGGGAUAAGAAACACAAAAGGGAGGUUAAGAGGCACAUGGGCGAAUAUGUUUUUUGGGGGGGGGAGGAAAAAUGCAUCUUCGCCUAUGUACCCAAAAUUCUUUGCACCGGCCCUGAGUAUAUACGGUAGAUGUCUUUGCCCCCAAAAAGUUGGGAUCCACUAACGGUAUGCAUAAUUGGUUUCUUUGGAUUAUUGUGAUCCAUGUGCAGUUAGUAAAAUGCAAUGCUGUGAAUGCAAUGUUGUGUUUUUUGUUUUUUUUAUAUAUAUAUAUAUAUAUAUAUAUAUAUAUAUAUAUAUAUAUAUAUAUAUAUAGUGUGUGUGUUUUGAAAAAGCUAUUCAUUGUAUUCUAUUGCUGAAACUGCAGCUGAUCCCCAACUACUUUGAAGUUUUCAAGCUUGAUUACUUUCAACCAGUUCAAAGCCAUCGAGCUUGAAGAUCUUUCACACUGAAAGAAUUUGAAGGCAGAAGUGACUGUCUGGUUGGCAGCCACUAUAGGUGUGUUUUCAAGCUGUGUAAACAUUGUCAUAAAUCCAACACAGUUAGUUCUGCCCCUGCCCUUCCGCUUAUCUUCAAUUGUUGAAAGAGGAAGGCUCAGACAAGGGUCGCCUCUGAUUGGCUCAGAGCGUCGGCUCUCAGCCAGAGGCGUUUCUUGUCUGAAGCUUCCCCUUUCAUGAAUCGGAAAAAAGAAGGCCGCCAGGGGCAGAACUAACUGGUACUGGAUUUACGAUUUGGCAAUGUUUACACUGGCUGAAUACAUACCUCUGUUGGCUGACUUCGCCGUUAAACUGGUAAUGAACGGUUUAAAUGCCUAAAGGUAAGACGGAGCCACGCUCAUGGCACUAAAACUUCAUUCUAAUGUUGUUAUGGUGCCUGGAAUCUUUCUUUAUACAUGAUUUCACAUAAAUGCAAACCUGCUGUAAAAAUGAAAAUCCUUCUUUGUUUUUUAUGAUUUGAUUUAUUUUUUAAUAUAUAUAUGUAGAUUACCACCCUGUCCAUUUAUAUUAAACAAAUUGAAUGAUUUUACUAUGUAUAUAACUACAAUACACAAUGUGGGGGGUGCAAGUUAGAGAAAAACAAAUACUUAUAUUUGGUAACCGUGAGUCUUGAAAUUAAUCUGAAAAAUAUAACGGCAUAUACUAAUAAUGGCAUAAUACUUUAUGUGCAUAGAUAUAUAUGUAUCAGCGGUAAGAUAGCAGGCUCUAGCUGUAAUCACUUUUGAAAAAUCAGCUUUUUCAUGCUAUACACACGAUCUUCCUGAUGCAUCUGUUGUCCUCUCCCCAAUGCAUAAAGAAUGAAUGCCAAACAAGGAUUGAAUGAGGAUAAAAAAUAUUUUACUCCAAUAAAAACAGAUAACAAUCUUAAAAAAAGGUGUGGUACACAAAAUAACAUAUAAAGAGCACUAACGCGUUUCGACCAUCAGUCUUUAUCAAAGUACUAUGUAUAUGCUGACACAGGUUCUGAAUUUCAUAUGGCUAACUUUAAAUGUCCCACACUAAAAGAGAGAAAAUGUUAUGUGAUGUCAAGUAUUUCUUAAAAUAAAAAAAAACAAGAAACCCUUUGAUUUUUCAAUGAAGUGAUCUGGGUGCCAGGUCCCCCAGGUUUUAACCCUGCAGCUGAAAACAUAGAGAGUUAAUCACUGAGAGUUAAUCCAGCCUCUAGUGGCUGUCUCACUGACUGCCGCUAGAGGCGCUUCCACAAUUCUCAGCGUGAAAAUCAGUGAGAAGACGCUUGACGUCCAUAGGAAAGCAUUGAGUAAUGCUUUCUAUGGGCUGUUUGAAUGCGCGCGGCUCUUGCCGCACAUGCGCAUUCGGAUCUGAUGUCGGCGAGGGGUGGAGAGUUCCCCAGCACAGAGGGAGCCCGGCGCUGUAGAAAGGUAAGUGACUGAAGGGGUUUUAACCCAUUCAGCCCAGCGGGAUGUGGGCACUGAGGGUGGGGGGACCUAAUAACCCUAUAGUGCCAGGAAACGAGUUUGUUUUCCUGGCACUAUAGUGCUCCUUUAAGUCAUAACAAAGACUACAGUUUUUAAAUACAAUUGCAACGAAUGUAAUGGUUAUGUGAUUAGUUUCGGCUUUACUUCCGUAGGUUGACUGACCAUCAUUGUAUUCUGUGUAAGAGUAGUAGUUUGUCAGUUUUGAGGUACUGCAAUAUGCUUUGCUUGAUGGUCUUAUCUUAGUAGUCACAGAAAAACGUAUUCUAGUUAGCAUUAAGAUAUAGUUUCCAAUUCAAAAAGAAUAACUUGCUCUAUAAAACGGAGAGAACAUUUUCAUUAAAGGGACAAUCUGGGCACCAAUACAACUUUAAUUUAUUUUAUGGGUUUUGACCUUAUUAAUAUGCUAUAUUUUUAUAUUCUUGUAUGUUUAUCAUUUUUUUUUUUUUGCACAAAUAUAUUUUUUGCAGAAUUCUGCACCAUUAGCCUGCCGCCUUAGCCAUGCACCUCAUGCCAGAAAAGACUUCCUUAUCAAAUGUAUGCUCAGUCUCAGUCCCAACAUCCAUGAGUGAGCUGGUUUUAAUUCACAGCCUGGCUGCAGAUAUUCAUAGAAACUAUAGACAGGUAUCAAUAUCCUUACUGUAUGUGUCCCUGGAUGUCCUCUACUUCUCCCACAGGUUGCUUUGUAGUUCAGUGUCUAAGCUGUCGGAAUGCAUUUUGGAAAGGAAGUCCUUUUUUUGUGCAAAAAUGGUAGAUUUGAGCAUAAUACUGCAUAUUAAUAAAGCCAAAAUCUCAUGAAAGUUGUUUUGUUGCUUAGUGUCCCUGCAAGUUUAACAGUUGGUUUAUGGGUCUAAAAUUGGAUGGUGUUCUAAUUCAGGAACCUGUAAAAAUGAGCAGGGAUGUUUUUUUUUUUUUUUUUUUUAUUUAACCCUGCUACAAACAAGUAGAUCCCAGCGUCUGCACUUUAUGUACCUGUGUGGUGGGAGUGCUGAUGCUGCAAUUUUCUUGUCUGCAGUAGGCACAGCCACAAAUUCAGAGCCACGGCUACACAAUACUUAAUAUGUUAUACUUUUGUAUUUUAAUAGCCUACUAUAACAGUGCUUUCUGUGAGAUGUGAAUAAAGGCUGCAUAUAUUCUCAUUUCAGUGCUAUUCCAACAAGACCAUCUACACCAGUGGUAGUCAACCUUUUUCUACCUACCGCCCACUAAUGCAUCUUUUUGGUUGAAAAAAAUUCCUUACCGCCCACCAGUUUUCGCCAAGUGCGGAAUAGUUUUUAGAAAGGGGGGUGUUUUAAAAAAAUAAAUGUACGUACAUUUAUCUUUUUAUUUCUACUUAAUGCAUGUUUAUAAUGUUUUGAACUUUUUAUAAAGUUUAAUGAGAAAACAAUAAACGAUAAAACAAUAAAUAAAUAAAGGGAGACUUUCCGUGGGGUUCAGUGGUGGCUCAGGUGGAUGGGAGUCAGAGUUCCCACUCUGACAGCUUCCUCCCGCGUGGUCUGUGUGUUAGCUGGGAGGAGUGACGUGCAGUCACUUCCUCCCAGCGUGUGAUGUAAUCACAGGGGACCAGUUGCACUGUUAAAGCGCCCAGCGCUGACUGGGCUCCCUUACAAUCCACAUCCAUCGGGUGGCCCUGACAGCAUGGGUCACCCGAUGGACCCCUCCAUAUGCGGCCCCGGCGGUUUGCCGCGCGGGCCGGGGCCACAUGUGGUGAUGGCGGUACCCAGUCGCGCCUGCCUGCCCGAUCUGUCAAAAUUAGAAAAUCCUUACCGCCCACCUGGAAUCCUGAAAUACCCACUAGUGGGCGGUAGGGACCAGGUUGACGACCCAUGAGCUACACUAUCAUUAAAAUUGUACAAAUUGCAUUGAAAUUGUGUGAUGCCAUGCCACAGACAUGCUAAUGCUUAAUUACCUACAGCAAGCAACUUAUCCCUAUUUAGGUACUUGGCACACAUCUGUGACAUGGCUAAUGACAAGACAGGUAAAUUUGAUAGCACCAGAACUCAAAUCCUAGUCUCCAUGCCAACAAGGUGUCUUUGUGUUUAUGUCAAGCCCUUAUGUACUCACCAGGCUGCACAUAUUUAUGUGUGAUAUGAAGGCAUCUGGCAAUCGUUGAAGAGCAUUAUUCUUUUUAAUAUGUACAUUUCGACAUAUUCGUUAACUCAACAAGUAGACUUCUCCAGAACAAUUAUAGUUGUCAUAGUUACCUGGUUCAAGGAAUUUGUCCAUUAUGUGCAAUAUUUCAGGGCUAGCUGUAUAAGGAAUCAAGGACUUAUUUUCACAAUCCCAAUGUUUGUAUGUGUAUUGGAGGAUGGAGGGGGGGGCGGUAGAAUCUGUAUUUUUCAUCUGAUUUUUAAAUCUAACUUUUCCCACAGGCUAUGGAAUACUAAUGUAUGUGUGUCUGUUUUUGCAUGCAAUGAAUGGCAUCUCGCAGUCAGCAAUAAAAAAGAAAAAAAGGUUUUUACAUUUUUAAGAGUAAGCAUUGCACUUGUUUUAAAGGAGUAAGUCUCAGGUUCAGCUCCUGUUACCUCAAGUUAAGCACCUUACAUGUCCCAUAGUUGUACACAUACACUCUAAAAUAUAUCUGAGAACGUUGAUUGGUGUAAAACGGAGUGUAGAUGCAUUUAGGCAGAUGGUUUGCUUGUAAUGCAGUGUGUGUGUUAGGUAUGCUGAGUAGGAAGCUCUACUUUGCCUGUCAACCAGUAUAUUCUUUAAUUCCAUGUAGGGCUGCCAGGGCACUACUAGCACCAUAACCACCACAGCACGCUAUAGAGGUUAUGGAGAUUGGGAGUGUUUCUUUAGUGAUGCAUUUGGUCUGCUCAUUUGGGAAUUCUCAGUUGUCCCCAGAAACUUUGUCAAACUGUAACUUGGAUCUGUCUGGGCUGAUCAAGCAUUGUGGGUAAGAUACUGAGUGAGGGUUGUAGAGGGGAUGAUUUGUUAGACUUGUUACUUUGCUAUUUUACUAGGUGUUUAAAAAAAAAAAAAAAAAUAAUAAAAAAAGACUUAAAAUAAAUUUUUUUAGAAAAGAUUUAAAAAAAACUGUUAGUGUAAGGUAUAGGCAAAUAUGACAUGAAGAACCUGCUACAUAUUUACAGGUUGCCUUAUACAUCAAUAAGAACAUUACACGUGGCAAAUAAUUUUAUACAUUUUCCAAAUUGGCCUUUCUGAGAACUGACCUUUUUAUUUCCUGUCCCAAUUAAACUCUUCCUAUCAUGAUUCCAAAAAUAUCAUGAACAUAUUGUCUUUUUGUCAUUGACUUUGUCUGGUCAAUGACCAUAUUUGCAACAUUACUAGCAAAUGGAAUGUUUCUUAAAAUAAAUUUUUGUAAAAGUGCCUCAUUGUUUUUUUUUGUUCUUGGUCACAGAUUAAUAACUUAUCUAAAAGUGUUCAACUUUGUUGUUCUUGACCUUCAGCCAUCUUGUAGGAUAUUUCCCAACCCAAGGUUUUAUUUUUUUCAAACUAUUCUACGGGUCUCGUUUUCGAGCCUUCAGUUUGAAAAAGAUGAUCUGUGACAUCAUUGUGUUUACAAUAGUUGUUUAGGAGUUCUUAGAACUUCAGGACUCAUUGAAAAGGAGCUCAGGAAUAAUAGUGACUUGCACAAUGGGUAGCAAAAUAAAGGUAGGUUUAUUGUAAUAUACAACAUUCAAAAAAGUCCAAAUGAUGUUGGUUUAUGCAUAAAAUUAGUGGACCAACUUUGCAUUUUUCUGCCCCUGAGGACAUCAACUCAUUCAUAAAUGGAAAGAGGCUUAGCUUCUUGACCACAACCUAUGUAGGAAAUAAAGGUUGUUAGUGUUUAUAUUGUCCUUUUUAAUUUAAGAUUUUUCACUUCUGUUCAGUGGAAAUGGGUUUGCGAACACAACUGCUGUUAUGUUCUCCUUGUUAAAGGACCACUCUAGGCACCCAGACCACUUCAGCUUAAUGAAGUGGUCUGGGUGCCAGGUCCAGCUAGGGUUAACCCAUUUUUUAAUAAACAUAGCAGUUUCAGAGAAACUGCUAUGUUUAUUAGUGGGUUAAGCCUUCCCCCAAAGUCUCUAGUGGCUGUCUCAUUGACAGCCACUAGAGGCGCUUGCGUGCUUCUCACUGUGAUUUUCACAGUGAGAGCACGCCAGCGUCCAUAGGAAAGCAUUGUAAAUGCUUUCCUAUGUGACCGGCUGAAUGCGCGCGCAGCUCUUGCCGCGCGUGCGCAUUCUGCCGACGGGGCGGAACGGAGGAGGAGAGGAGUAGGAGAGCUCUCCACCCAGCGCUGGAAAAAGGUAAGUUUAAACCCCUUUCCAGAGCCGGGCGGGAGGGGGUACCUGAGGGUGGGGGCACCCUCAGGCCACUAUAGUGCCAGGAAAACGAGUAUGUUUUCCUGGCACUAUAGUGGUCCUUUAACCAUCAUUUUUUUUUUCUGUGUGUAUGAAAUUUACUUCGAAUAACUGUUGGCAAUGAACAAUUAAAAAUAUUUCCUUGAUGUCUGAAUCAGCCAUGGAAUUGUCUUAAAGUACAACAUUCCAAAAUUUGAUUUUGCGCUUUUUAGCUCAACCUAGGGUCGAAUAAAGACUCCAGAGUUGGAGGAACAUUUCAGAAUUCGUGGUGGUACAGUAAAGGUUGUAACUAACUCACAAUCACACCACAUUCCUGUGAGAUUUUAUUGCUCUUUGGUGAUGUACUGUAAUGUGCACUGUAUAUUUCACAGUACUGUAUGUGUGUGAGCUCUGUGAUAUACUCAUGAACAAACCAUGUAAUGGCAAGUGCUCCAAUUUCUCUCCUAUCUACAUGAUUCCCUGUCUCACCAUCUCCUGCCAUCUCAAUGACUCCUCCAGAUAUACAACACACAGUAGUGGAAAGCACACUAAUAGGUAAUAUAAAUCUUAAUUGUGUGUGUUUGUGUGUAUGUAUGUAUACACACACACAUAUACAGUGGGACUUCGGUUUACGAAUUUAAUGCGUUCUCCGGGACGUUUCUUAUUGCGAAACAUUUGUAAACCGAAACGCAGUUUCCCAUAGGAAUGCACCGAAAACCAGUUAAUCCGUUCUAGAGGUCAGAAAAAAGUCAAAAUGAGAUGGCAUGGAAACCAACCCACAAUGCAGAACACACAGUAAAAGGCACACAAACAACACCGCUUUCCACAGCUUGAGAAAUGCACCAAAAAGUCCCAAAACAACUGAAAACUAUUUCCAGAAUGGCUCCAAAACUUGAUGCAAAAGCCGCUCCAACACCUCCACACUCGACGCCACGUGCUACCCAAAGGCUCCAGCGUGCAGGGGGCGGUGCUAUAAACCUCCCAGGUGCAAUGCAUCCUGGGGAAACUUGUUUUGUAUUGCGAAAAAAAAAUUUGUAAACUGAGGCAUUAUUUUCAAUGGAUUUUCAUUUGUAAACCGAAAAUGUUGUUAACUGAGGCGUUUGUAAACCGAGGUCCUAAUAUAUAUAUAUAUAUAUUUGUGUACGGCACAUUUAGUGGACGUAUGGUUUAAUAUGGAGCAAAUGUACUAAGAGCAAAGUCAGUUGAGGUAUGCCGAAACUGACGUGAGGGUUAGACCUGUAAAAGAGGGCAAAAAUAUAAGAAGCGAUUCUUUUAAGACAGACAUAUUUAUUAAGCAAUACAUUACUUAGACAUUUCACAGAAAGCCAAUCUUAUUUCUUUCUCAGAAUUAGGGAUGUAUCUGUUGUAUGCGGAUGUUUUCCACCGUCCCAUAUUUUUAAUGAUAUGUGUUGGUACGUGGUUUCCGGAGGCAGCUGUGGCUGCUCCUAUAUGGAAUGAAUGGCCCGAGAAUGAAUGCGGGUUGUGACCUAGCCGGAGUAAUAACGUACGGAUGUAAAGCAUGAAUUGUUUGGUGGUUAGGGGUUUCCCUUGAAUGGCCAAUAGUGGGGAGUCAGGGUUGGAAGUAAGCUGAGAUUCCACUAGUUUAUCCAGAAUGUGGAUUGGACACCAUUUGGUAGAGGUAGGAUAAUAUUUAAUCUCUACUAGUGGACCAGUUUUGCUUGUUUUGGUAUGAGUAAUUGACAGAAUAUAGUGGUCCUGUUUUUUAGUUAGGUGUUUACACUGAAGGCAUAACUUAAAGUCGGACGCCUUCUCCACAGAAAAUUCUUUAGGUCUCAAGAAACCGUAGAAGGUUUAUAUAUCCAAAAAGAGGAGAAUAUCCUUAUAGACUUGAAAAAUAGAAUGCUCGCAAUAAGGAAAUAUAGCAUGUGCCAAUUGAUAAAAAUUAUAUAGUUCUUAUAGUAUCCCACUCACAUUUUCAUGAACCUGUGUAUCACUGGCUCAAGUAUAACAGCUUUAGGUGGGAUGUGAAUAUCCUGGUACCUCCACUUGUGGUAUUCUUCAAUGCUCCCAAAAUGUCAAGGGAAAGAUAAGCACCAAAUUAGAGUAAAUUCACAAAUUUCUUAGAUAAAACAAAUCCUAUCCUUACAUCAGGGCUCGACAAAUCCCAGGCGCCAGGUUGCCAUGGCGACCAGUAAAUUUGUCCUCAGAUUUGUGAGCCUUUUCAGCCCCCAAGAUGACUGGCUGCCUAAGAACAGAGGCGGGCAGUCGGAUUACAAAGGGUUGAGGCAGGCUGCUGACUGAGGGAGGCAGCCGGCCGGUUCAUGGAGAGCUGUGAGAGGGAGGCAGACGGCUCAUUUGAUUCAAUUCAUCUCUUUGAGGAGAUGCUGAUUGGCCAGGGCUGUGUUUGAAUCAUGCUGGCUCUGCCCCUGAUCUGUCUCCUUGUCAGUCUCAGCCAAUCCUAUGGGGAAGCAUUGUAAUUGGAUCAGGCUACCACUUCUGAUGAUGUCAGCAGACUGUUUGUUUUUCUGAGUCUAUCAGCAUGCAAAGUUACAGCUUCAAGCUUGCAUACAGGGAGGCUUGAUGGUGGUUUUAACACUACAGGGUCAAGAAUACAUGUUUGUGUUCCUGACCCUAUAGUGAUCCUUUAAGCUGUAUACUAUACUAUUAAGGCAGCUGUUCUCAAACUGUGUGCAAGGGCCCAGCAACAUGCACACAGGGGUGCCGCGGAAUAGAUUUUUCUGGUGAUAUGAUUAUAGCACCGGUGAAACAUAACUGCUCAACAGGGACCCGGGUGAUUGCCGCUGUCAUUUAAGACUGUGACCGGGCCCCUGUAAUGUCGGCCAGCUUGGAGGAAGUGACAGCCUGUCACUUUCUCCCAGCUGCCUGCAGGGAGACAGUGUGGGAGGGAGAGGUGCAUGAAGAGAUGUGUGUAUAUAUGUGUGUGAGUGUAUGAGUUUGUGAGUGUGUCUGUGUGUGUGUGUGUAUAUAUAUAUAUAUAUAUAUAAUGUGUGUGCAUCUGUGUGUCAGGUUGUGUGUUUUAUGUCAGGGUGUAUCUGUGCCAUGAUGUGGGCAUGUUUCAAUGUUUGUGUGUGUCAGGGUGUAUGUGUCGGUGUCUAUAUGAAUUUGUGUGUAUGUGUCGGUGGAUUUAUAUAAAGAAAGUUAAAACGGUUAGCGCUAAUAAUAACAAUAGAUAAAAUAAGAUAAAAGGCAGCAACCUGAUAGGGGGUCACCCUCUAACCCUCUACAGUAAGAGUAUACACAAAAACAGAGAAAAGGCUGCUCCACAAGGAAUAGGUAAAACAGGAAAGUUCGGUACAAGUAAAAAACGUUCUGUAAAGGAAUUCCAGUUAUAGGUGGAGUCUCAACUGGUGUGGUGUCUUCUUUGUUAGCAGUUGUCCAUCUCACGAUAUGAAAGACACAAUGGGAAAGGACUAAUCGUGCAGAGUGUAUAAAUAAAUAGUAGUGAAGUUAAAAUAUAAAUUACACACUCACAUGUCCAUGAGCUAGGACCAGCUCUAGUAUGAUAGGCACACAGCGGAUUGCCCUCCGCUUAUGGGGGUACUUGUCCUCCUGGGGAGUGCUGGUGUCCAAUUCUCAUAAAAAGAAAUAAAAACAGCCAAUAGUGCUCUCCGGUGAGGUAGUUUGCAUAAAAGAAUAAAAUAUACUCACAGGUAGAGUGCAGGUCUUACUGCACUCUGUUAAUCGCGUGGGUGGUAUAAUCCCCACUUUAGGAUAUGCCAGGAACAGUAAAUAGAAAUAAAAUAGUAUAAAAAGGUAAUAUAUGUAAAAUAAUUUAUUAGUACAAUAUAUUAAAACCAAUAACGCGUUUCGCCAUACAGGCUUUAUCAAAUUGGUGGAUUUAUAUGCAUCUGUGUGUUAAUGUGCAUGAAUAUCUGUUUAAGUAUGAAUGUGCAUACAUCCAAGCAGUCAAACACCAGCACAACAUACAAGCAAACUCCUGCAAUCUAACACAAAUAUUACAUACAAACACACCCCUGCAUUAAAAAAAAUACAAACGCACCCCUUCACUCAAACACAAAUACUCACACAAAUGUACAUCGACAUUUAAAAGUUAACAUUACAUUCAGACACACCCCUGAAAUCAAAUGCAAACAUCACAUACAAACACACCCCUUUAUAUAAACACAAUAAAUGUAUACAUUCACCCCUUCUAACACCAAUACUGUACAUUAUACUGUAGCGCCAAUAAAUGCGGCAGCACUGUACAGAUAUGCAACCCAGACAUUUUGACUUGGGGUGCCUUGGAACUUAAAAAGUUUGGGAACCACUGCAUUAAGCUUGUAGUGGUUCUGGUGGCUAUAGCAUCGCUUUAAGAAUUGCAUAUUUCAUAUUGAAAAGCCUGGCUUCUAACUUUAUUUGCUGGCUCCUAGAUUCCAAGCAAAUUUGUCAAGCCUUGGUUUAAAAAAAUGUUUCUUAAUAUUGCUCAUGUGUUCUCUAGUUCUUGUUUUUAAAGGUCUUUUAGUUCUGCCUACGUAUUGUAGUUCACACUGACAAGACAGAAGAUAGUUCACAUUGUUAGUAAUAGAAUCUACAUCAUACGUUUUCUCAGUAAUUCUAGAGGUAAAAUCCAUAGUUUUUUUAUUUUUGACAUUAGUCUCUUUAAAAGCUUUACAAUCACAAUUAUGGAAACCUUUUAAUUGGGUGCCAAACAGAUCUACAUCCUUACAUUCUUUUAGGACACAGCUUUUCGUUAGAAUUUGUCUAACAUUUCUUGCACCUCUAUAUACCAUCCUAGGUCUCACCUAUAUAUUGAUGUAAAUCUUCAUUUUGACUUGGAAUGUGCCAGUGUUUGGUUAAAACCUUUUUAAAAACCUAACUUUGAGAAUUAAAAUCAGAUACAAACAUAAUUUGUUCCUCACUGGGGUUUUCAGUACUUUUAUUAUUAUUAUUAUUAUUAUUAUUAUUAUCAUUAUAUGACAGUAAUUCACCCCUAGAUUUACCUGCUACUUCAUCAAAUUGGAUUUCUAUACUUUUUUUUUUUUAUUGUGUUCUGUAUCAAAAAGCUGUUGUUUUUUUGUUUAAGUGUAAACUGUAAAUCACAACUGAGUGGGAGAAAAGGCAUGUAAUUACACAGUGUACAACAGAUGCAUGCAAUUGUAUAUGCGUAAGAUCCUUCCAAAGAUCCUUGUCUUGUAUUCUCACUAAGAGUACCAAAAUGGCAAGGCUCCUAGAGGCAUUAUUCGCUUGGGCAGAGGGAAGAGGAGAAUACUUGUAAGCAGAUAUGUCGCUGGAGAGGGAAACUUGCAAGUAAUAGACUGUUUAAAUUGUUCAGUUGUUUGUAUGGCAAUGUUUUUAUUUUAUUUUUUAACCUGGUGCUAUACUAGCUUGGACAGCAGUAAUAGAAUGCAAGUUCUGGGCUCAUUUCCAUCCAAGGUAUGGAUAAUGUGAAAAUAAAACGUCCAUAUUUUCAUAUUGGCAUCUGGUGAGCUGGGAUUUGAGUACUGGGAGCAGACUCGUUAUAAACUACU